UCCGCGGCUCCCCCUCUCGGAUUCCCAAACGCCAAAAUCCCAUUCCCAACCCCGACGCACCGCACCGUUCGCUUCCUUUCGUCAACUCCACUUCUCUUCUCCGCUGCGUCAUCUCCUCUUCGCCGCCGUCGCCGCCGCUUCACCGGGCAGCCAGCCAUGGAUGAGGAGUACGACGUGAUCGUUCUGGGCACGGGGCUCAAGGAGUGCAUCCUCAGCGGUCUCCUCUCCGUCGACGGCCUCAAGGUUUUGCAUAUGGACAGAAAUGACUACUAUGGAGGCGAUUCCACCUCGCUCAACCUUAAUCAGCUCUGGAAGAGGUUUAGAGGGGAAGACAAGCCCCCAGCACAUCUAGGUGCAAGCAGAGACUACAAUGUGGACAUGGUGCCAAAGUUUAUGAUGGCAAAUGGGACAUUGGUUCGAACCCUCAUCCACACUGACGUGACAAAGUACUUGUCAUUCAAAGCUGUUGAUGGGAGCUAUGUUUUCAGCAAAGGGAAGAUUUACAAGGUCCCUGCCACUGAUAUGGAGGCUCUGAAGUCCCCUUUGAUGGGCCUAUUCGAGAAGCGCAGAGCAAGGAACUUCUUCAUUUAUGUCCAAGAUUACAAUGAAGCUGAUCCAAGGACACAUCAAGGAUUGGACCUAACUAGGGUGACAACUAGAGAACUUAUAUCAAAAUAUGGUUUAAGUGAUGAUACAGUGGAUUUUGUCGGACAUGCACUUGCUCUUCAUAGAGAUGAUCGAUAUCUUGAUGAACCGGCACUCGAUACAGUGAAAAGAAUGAAACUAUAUGCAGAGUCUCUUGCACGCUUUCAAGGAGGCUCGCCAUAUAUCUAUCCACUAUAUGGGCUUGGUGAGCUACCACAGGGUUUUGCGCGACUGAGUGCUGUUUAUGGUGGUACUUACAUGUUAAACAAGCCAGAGUGCAAGGUUGAAUUCGACAUGGAGGGGAAAGUGUGCGGUGUCACAUCUGAAGGUGAAACUGCAAAGUGCAAGAAGGUGGUCUGUGAUCCUUCAUAUUUACCAAACAAGGUUAGGAAGAUCGGUAGAGUUGUACGAGCAAUUGCUAUCAUGAGCCACCCAAUCCCUAAUACAAAUGAGUCCCACUCGGUUCAAAUUAUUUUGCCUCAGAAACAACUUGGACGCAGAUCAGACAUGUAUGUUUUCUGUUGCUCAUACACGCACAAUGUUGCGCCCAGAGGGAAGUUCAUUGCAUUUGUGUCUGCAGAAGCAGAGACUGAUAGUCCCCAGUCUGAGCUAAAGCCUGGAAUUGAUCUACUUGGUUCUGUAGAUGAGAUAUUCUAUGAUAUUUAUGACAGAUAUGAACCAGUGAAUGAACCAUCUCUUGACAAUUGCUUUGUCUCGACGAGCUAUGAUGCCACCACACAUUUUGAAACAACUGUAACAGAUGUUCUGAACAUGUAUACAAUGAUCACUGGAAAGACUGUGGAUCUUAGUGUGGAUCUGAGUGCUGCUAGUGCUGCUGAAGAAUAUUGAUUUCAGUCAUCAUGUUUAUCAAAGAUCACAUCGUCAGGGACAGCACAUGGAAACUUCAAUGAAUGGCUGGUAUGGUUUAUUCCGGUCCAGAUUAUAUCAUGCCCCUUCUACUGUUCUGCGAAAUGUCUACUGGGUACUUGUUGCUGGCAGAACUAUGCACAAUAUUGACUAGUUGAUGGACGGUGAUGGUUCUAUCUUAUUUACUAGUGUUGAUCGAAUGGUGUAAAAUGUUAUACCGUGACCAUCAUGGUUGUGUGAUGUAUCAUAACUGUUCAGUAAAUUUGGGUUCUUUACUGUCGAGUUCUGCUUGAUGCUAUUGAGCGCUGCCCGAUCUGCUUGUUCUACUGUUCCUUGGGUACUUGUUGCUGGCAGACCAAUAUUGUGCAGUGAAUUUGUCUCAAGUUGAUGGACGGUGGUUCUACAAUUUACUAGUUGAUCGAAUGGUGUAAAACGUUAUACAGUGACCAUCAUGGUCGUGUGAUGUAUCAUAACUCUUCAGUGAAUUUGGGGGUCUUUACUAUUGAGUUCUGCUUGAUGCUGUCGAA